UUGUGAUUUGGUGGUCGUGUACAUUGUUCCUUUUUUUUUUUUUUUUUUAACGAAGACACGGUGUCGAUCUAACUGAAAUUAUUUGGUGACGUUCGAAUGAAAGAAACGAUCGAAUUGUUGUUGAGAAAGAAUGAGGUACGUCGGGGCGCUCGAUGUGGGAACCACCACCGUGCGUUUUCACGUGCUUGACGAGCAAGCGAACACCGUUGUUUCCGCGGUGGAAAAGGUACGGCUGUUGUAUCCAAAGUCAGGCUACGUGGAAAUUGAUCCAGAUGAACUAUGGAGCACCAUAGUGAACGUGAUAAAGAACAGUUUGAAAGAGAUGGUGGAUGCCGGUUUGAAACUGGAAUCGAUAGCCUGCCUCGGGAUCUCCACGCAACGGGGCAGCUUCACAACGUGGAACAUGAAAGACGGAAGACACUAUCACAACUUCAUCACGUGGAAAGACCUGCGCGCUGACGGCAUGGUGAAGGAAUGGAAUUCGUCGAUAACGAUGAAAGGAUUGCAAAUCGGAUCACGGAUACUCUACACGCUGUCGAGGAGGAAACGAUUCUUGGCCGCCAGUGUUUUUAAAUUCAUGAACACGCAGAUGUCUCUGAGGUUAUUGUGGGCGUUACAACACGUGCCAGGUUUGCAGGAGGCGGCGAACACCGGAAAUGUCGUUUUCGGGGGCGUUGAUUGCUGGCUUUUGUACAAACUCACUGGAAAACACGUGACAGACGCUUCGAGUGCAUCAGCAACGGGACUUUUCGAUCCAUUCACAAUGUGCUGGUCAGGUCUGGUGAUAAACAUGCUGAAAAUUCCAUGCAGUAUCUUUCCAGAGGUGUUGGACACCGCUGGAAACUUUGGAGUCACUCCAAAGGAGAUUUUUGGAAUCGAGAUUCCAAUACUUUGCUCAAUGGCAGAUCAGUCAGCUGCGAUGUUUGGUUCAGGAUCCACGCAGUCAGGUGAUUUGAAGAUCACUAUGGGAACUGGAACUUUUGUGAACGUGAAUACAGGGACCAAAGCUCACGCCUCUGUUACAGGUUUAUAUCCUCUAGUCGGUUGGAGAAUAAACGAUGAAUUAGUAUACAUAGUAGAAGGCGCCUCAAAUGAUACCGGAGGUCUCAUUGAAUGGGCAAAAAGAAUAGGUAUCAUAAACGAUGUUGAUGAAACAUCGAGUGUCGCAAGCGCGAUGAAUGAUUCUGAUGGAGUGUAUUUCGUUCCUGCAUUCAGUGGACUGCAAGCACCUAUAAACGAUUACUCCGCAGCCACAGGAUUCAUAGGCAUAAAACCCACCACUGAGAAAAGUCACAUCGUUCGAUCGCUGUUAGAAAGCAUCGUUUACAGGAUAUUGCUCCUCUAUGAGUCACUAUGCGCGGAAACUUGCUUCACUUACCAUACAAUACGGGUCGAUGGUGGAGUGUCCAGGAACGAUUUCAUAUUGCAACUGCUGGCUGAUUUGACAGGCUUAAAGGUGGAACGAGCGACAAGCACGGAAAUGUCUAUUUUAGGCGUAGCGUUUCUCGCUGGUCUACAAUGCGGCAUUUGGAAGAGCAGGAAAGAAGUUCUCCAUCUUCGACAAGUACAGAAAGUAUUUCUGUCGAACGAAGAGAACAGAACAUUGUAUCAACCGAUAAUUGCACAAUGGAAACGAGCUCUCCAACGACUGGGUCAAUGGUACUGAAUAAACUGCUGAUAUCUGCCAUAAUUGUUUACUGGGAAAAUAAAUGAUAAGAGAAAUUUAUUAACAGCUUUU